UGGAAGAAGGAGGUAUUGGGGGAUCUCCUCCUAGACAACAAACCCACAUUCAAAGAGGGGCACACGAAUUACAUCACGCUCCGUGCGGAGGAUAUAACGGAGGUCGCGGGUUACGCUCGGCGCUUUUCUGCAGAGGAGACAACAGGGGCAUCAUGCCGAGCCCGCGCGCACGGAGCCCGAGGACACACCAGAGCUUUGUCACACAGUUUCUUACUAAAACUAAGUUCCCUUGAUGCUGCUGUCUUCAUUUCUCUGACGGAUUUUCAUCAUGGGAGUUUGCGAAUUUUAAAGCACACUCAACACGCGGGUUUGGAUACGGCUCACGCGUAAUUGCGCACAACAAAGUGGCCCGUUGAGCAGCUCCCUGUGCGCACUGAACCCACCGCCGGACCGUCUGACAUGGAUCAGUCUCAGCAGUGCGUGGCCAUGUAUCUCCUGGUCCUGUCGCUCGGACUUCUAAUGGACAGGGGACUUUGUCAGCACUACUACCUUCUCCGCCCCAUCCCGAGCGACAGUCUGCCGCUUGUGGAAUUAAAAGAGGACCCCGAUCCCGUGUUCGACCCCAGGGAGAGGGACCUUAACGAGACCGAGCUGAAGAGCGUCCUGGGAGACUUUGACAGCCGCUUUUUGUCCGUUUUACCGCCCAUGGAGGACAAAUACACCGGGAACGAUGAACUCGAUGACUUUGAGAUCCAGAAGCCCGGCGGAGUUCUGCCGAAGGAAAUUAGAGCGAUGGACUUCGACGUCCAGUUCGGCAAGAAGCACAAGCCCAGUAAGAAACUGAAGCGGCGGCUGCAGCAGUGGCUGUGGGCGUACUCUUUCUGUCCGGUGGUGUACACCUGGACCGACCUGGGGAACAGGUUCUGGCCGCGGUUCGUCCGGGUGGGCAGCUGCCUCAGCAAACGGUCGUGUUCGGUUCCGGAGGGGAUGGUGUGUAAACCUGCGAACUCGACUCACCUGACCAUACUGAGAUGGAGGUGCGUGCAGAGGAAAGGGGGACUCAAAUGCGCGUGGAUACCUGUGCAGUAUCCGAUCAUCACAGACUGCAAAUGCUCCUGUUCCAGCUGAGUCUCUGCAGCAGAAAGAAAUUAUAAGCUCAACAUUUUUUGUGAUUCUUCUCUCACAUGCACUACCGAGUGUAGGAAUGUAUUUUCUGUAUAUGCGGUGCCAUGCAGUUAUAUAUAACUCCCUGUACAAAGUCAGUAUUAUUUGUAACCAGAGUCUACUUUAUUUGUGGAGAGUAUUGGUUAUAUAUUUUGUAUUUAUGGAGAUAUGGCGCAUAGAGCCACGUAAGGACUCGCUGUUUUCCAUAUUUGGAUGAAGCAGAUCGACCUCAGAGUUAAACGUGGAUUAUUGAUCCAGCCGUCAAUCAGUGACUUGUUUUAUCCUGUAAAUUAAGGAAAUUUGCUAUUUAUUCUUUAUAUUCGUACAAUAAAACGACACUGAAAUCAUUGUAAA